AUGUUGUGUGAUUCACCUUCAAUCUCAUCAGCUGAUGUUCUACAGCCAACACAAACUAAUUGGUCAAUGCCGCUUUCAACUGUGAAUAAUGAGAAAAAACAAUUAUCAUUUGUUUAUCAACCUGGCGUUGGACUGUACGAUAAAAGGCAAGUUGAACUCGAUCAAGACUCACAAAAUACAUUGACAAUAGCGGAUGAUAGUGAACAUCUACAGCUAUUGGAACAUUCUUCGGUAGACACAUCGGAUGUUGGCCAGUCAGCAUCGUCCCAUGAUCUGCAGAAGUCUUGUUUACGACCAGAAAAACUAUCCGUUGUUGAUAAAAUUCAAUGUUCAUCAGAUAAAAGACACUCUCAGAUAAAAUCCAGCAGUGUAGAUAUAUCACCGAAUCAAGAAAACAGUCAAAAACGAAAGUUAAAACAAAACGGACUGUGCAGUAAGAAACUUCGACAAUCGUCGCCAUAUAAUGCCACGACAGAAUUAGUAGCAGCACAUCCGAUGGAAAGUUCAACGACGGAAAAAAGUUUCUUAAAGGAAGCGUCAACUCGUGCAGAUAUGGAAUCAGGUGCAACUGAACCAUCAAAAUCCAAACUACGAUCGAAUCGUACUGACCACUCACAAAAGCAGCCUAUCACAACACUCAUUAAAAAUGUUCCAUUGGUGAAAAAAUUAUCAUUCGAACAUCAGAAACGAGAAAUACCUCCGGCUGACGAUGAUGAAACUGCAGUUCCAUCUCAGGGUCUACUGCUUUGUCCAAAAGAUGAGGCAAGUAAAAAGAAAAAGAAGAAGAAAAUUGCGCCAACGAUCACUUCAAGCACAGAACUACUGGAUGACGAUUCAGUACUUGAUUCAAUACUUUUCAAUGAAAUGCAAUCAGUUCAGCAGCAAUGGCAACAAUUUUUAACGUUGACUAUGGAAAAAGAAUUACAUAUCAGCCCAUCCGAUGGCAAACGCAAAACGAAAUCGAGUAAAUUUCAACGUACAAGCGAAUUUUUGGCAGCUUAUGAUCAUCUCUACGACUUUGAAGGGAUGAAACACUGGUAUCCAACAUCAAGGUGA